AUGGUGAAGCGGGCACAGGGCCAGGGCGGGGCUCUUCUCAUCAACGAGGAAAACGAUGGGUUCUGUGGGGGCACCAUUCUGAACGAGUUCUACAUCCUCACUGCUGCCCACUGCCUCCACCAAGCCAAGAGAUUCAAGGUGAGGAUAGGAGACCGAAACAUGGAGCUGGAGGAGGGCAAUGAGGUGGCGCAUGAGGUGGAAGUGAUCAUAAAACAUAACAAGUUUAUGUUGGACACUUACGACUUUGACAUCGCAGUCCUCAAGCUGAAGACACCCAUCGUGUUCCGCACGAACGUGUCUGCUGCCUGCCUGCCCCAGAAGGACUGGGCAGAGGCCACGCUGAUGACACAGAAGACGGGCAUUGUGAGUGGGUUUGGACGCACGCACGAGAAGGGUCUCCCAUCCACCACGCUCAAGAUGCUGGAGGUGCCCUAUGUGAACCGCAACACCUGCAAGCUGUCCAGCGGCUUCACCAUCACCCAGAACAUGUUCUGCGCUGGCUACGAUGCCAAGAUGGAGGAUGCCUGCCAGGGGGACAGCGGCGGCCCCCACGUCACCCACUUCAAGGGCACCUACUUUGUGACAGGCAUUGUCAGCUGGGGAGAAGGAUGUGCGAGGAAAGGGAAAUACGGGAUCUACACCAAGGUCUCGGCCUUCCUCAAGUGGAUCAACAAGUCCAUGAGGGCCAGAGGGCUGACCACAUCUGAGCCCUCAGUGUUGGUGCAUUAA